AUGCAGAGAUUGAGCUUACAAUUCCACUCUUUCCACUGGGUAUGCAGAAAUUGGGCUCAAAAAUCCUCUCUUUCCACUGGGUAUGCAGAGAUUGAGCUCACAAUUCCCCCCUUUCCACUGGAAAUUGAGCUCUCAAUUCCUCUCUUUCCACUGGGUAUGCAGAGAUUGAGCUCUCAAUUCCUCUCUUUCCACUGGGUAUGCAGAAAUUGGGCUCAAAAAUCCUCUCUUUCCACUGGGUAUGCAGAGAUUGAGCUCACAAUUCCCCACUUUCCACUGGCUCUCAAUUCCUCUCUUUCCACUGGGUAUGCAGAGAUUGAGCUCUCAAUUCCUCUCUUUCCACUGGGUAUGCAGAGAUUGAGCUUACAAUUCCACUCUUUCCACUGGGUAUGCAGAAAUUGGGCUCAAAAAUCCUCUCUUUCCACUGGAUAUGCAGAGAUUGAGCUCACAAUUCCCCCCUUUCCACUGGGUAUGCAGAAAUUGAGAUCACAAUUCCACUCUUUCCACUGGGUAUGCAGAAAUUGGGCUCAAAAAUCCUCUCUUUCCACUGGGUAUGCAGAGAUUGAGCUCACAAUUCCCCCCUUUCCACUGGAAAUUGCUCACAAUUCCUCUCUUUCCACUGGGUAUGCAGAGAUUGAGCUGAAUUUCCCUCUCUUUCCACUGGAGAUUGAAGUCACAAUUCCAUUCUUUCCACUGGGUAUGCCGAGAUUGAGCUCACAAUUCCUCUCUUUCCACUGGACAUGCAGAAAUCGGGCUCGAAAUUCCUCACUUUCCACUGGGUAUGCAGAAAUUGAGCGCACAAUUCCUCUCUUUCCACUGGAAAUUGCUCACAAUUCCUCUCUUUCCACUGGGUAUGCAGAGAUUGAGCUGAAUUUCCCUCUCUUUCCACUGGGUAUGCAGAGAUUGAGCUCACAAUUCCUCUUUUUCCACUAUGUAUACAUAAAUUGUGCUCACAAUUUCACUCUUUCGAAUGGGAAUGCAGAGAUUGAGCUCACAAUUCCUCUCUUUCUACUGGAGAUUGAGCUCACAAUUCCAUUCUUUCCACUGGGUAUGCCGAGAUUGAGCUCACAAUUCCUCUCUUUCCACUGGACAUGCAGAAAUCGGGCUCGAAAUUCCUCACUUUCCACUGGGUAUGCAGAAAUUGAGCGCACAAUUCCUCUCUUUCCACUGAAGAUUGAGCUCACAAUUCCUCUCUUUCCACUUGGUAUGCAGAGAUUGAGCUCACAAUUCCUCUCUUUCCACUUGGUAUGCAGAGAUUUAGCUCAAAAUUACUCUCUUUCCACUGGGUAUGUAGAAAUUGAGCUCACAAAACAACUCUUUCUAUUGGGCAUAGAUUUUGCUGAAUAUUCCUCUCUUUCCACUGGGUAUGCAGAGAUUGAGCUAACAAUUCUUCUCUUACCACUGGGUAUGCAGAGAUUGAGCCCACAAUUCCUCUUUUUUGCCACUAGGUAUGCAGAAAGUGUGCUCACAAUUUCACUCUUUCGACUGGCUGAAUAUUUCUCUCUUUCCACUGGGUAUGCAGAGAUUGAGCUCACAAUUCCUCUUUUUCCACUAGAGAUUGAACUCACAAUUCCUCUCUUUCCACUGGGUAUGCAGAGAUUGAACUCACAAUUCCUCUCUUUCCACUGGGUAUGCAGAGAUGGGACUCACAAUUCCUCUCUUUCCACUGGGUAUGCAGAGAUUGAACUCACAAUUCCUCUCUUUCCACUGGAAAUUGAACUCACAAUUCCUCUCUUUCCACGGCAUGCAGAGAUUGAAUUCACAAUUCCUCUCUUUCCACUGGAAAUUGAGCUCACAAUUCCUCUCUUUCCACUGGGUAUGCAGAAAUUGAACUCACAAUUCCUCUCUUUCCACGGCAUGCAGAGAUUGAAUUCACAAUUCCUCUCUUUCCACUGGAAAUUGUGCUCAAAAUUCCUCUCUUUCCACUGGGUAUGCAGAAAUUGGGCUCAAAAUUCAUCUCUUUCCACUGGGUAUGCAGAAAUUGAGAUCACAAUUCCACUCUAUACAAUGGGUAAUCGGAGAUUGAGCUCACGAUUCCUCUCAUUCCACUGGGUAUGCAGAAAUUGUGCUCAAAAUUCCUCUCUUUCCACUGGGUAUGCAGAGAUUGAGCUCACAAUUCCACUCUUUCCACUGAGUAUGCAGAGAUUGAGCUCACAAUUCCUCACUUCCCGCUGGGUAUGCAGAGAUUGUGCUCAUAAUUCCACUCUUUCCACUGGGUAUGCAGAGAUUGAGCUCAAAAUUACUCUCUUUCCACUGGAGAUUGAGCUCACAAUUCCACUCUUUCCACUGAGUAUGCAGAGAUUGAGCUCACAAUUCCUCACUUCCCGCUGGGUAUGCAGAGAUUGUGCUCAUAAUUCCACUCUUUCCACUGGGUAUGCAGAGAUUGAGCUCAAAAUUACUCUCUUUCCACUGGAGAUUGAGCUCACAAUUCCACUCUUUCUACUGAGUAUGCAGAGAUUGAGCUCACAAUUCCUCACUGCCCGCUGGGUAUGCAGAGAUUGUGCUCAUAAUUCCACUCUUUCCACUGGGUAUGCAGAGAUUGAGCUCAAAAUUACUCUCUUUCCACUGGAGAUUGAGCUGAAUAUUUCUCUCUUUCCACUGGGUAUGCAGAGAUUGAGCUCACAAUUCUGCUCUUUCAACUGGGUAUGCAGAGAUUGCGCUCACAAUUCUGCUCUUUCCACUGGGUAUGCAGAAAUUGAGCUCACAAUUCCACUCUAUCCAAUGGGUAUUCGGAGAUUGAACUCACAAUUCCACUCUUUCCGCUGGGUAUGCAGUGAUUGA